AAUUUUAAAGGAUUCGUUAUUUUCGGCGUCGUUCCUUAAUCCCUUGUUCGCGAAACGAUCGUGGUCUUCUCCGCGAUCUGCGCGUGCGAGCAUGCAACAGACAGCCUCACGGCGCAGUCGCCUGUGAAUAUGGUCGAUGGUGAACGACACCGGGUGAACAAGGAUAUAUGAUGCAAAUCCGAGUAUGAUAGCCCUGAUGUGGUAUAGCGAAAGGUCCGAGGUAUCACAGUUGUCUGCUAUGUCAUUGGGACUUUUGCCGCUAUUCGCCUGAGUAACUAGACGAUUCCGGAGUUUAGUUGCAAUGUGGUUGUCCUCCCCCUUCUUAUUUAUUUCUGAGUUCCACUGGUAUGGCUCCUGAAUUACUCCCUGAGUUUGCGGACAUAUCUGGAGCCUCGCACUAUUUCUGUCAAACGUAUCUGUAUUCUAUUUAAAUCUACUCCUAAGGCACCUAAGGUAGAAGAGAUAGAUUUGGGAUCGCACCAUUUCGGCGACUUAUCAAGUUUUAAUCACCAUGCAUGCUACCAACUUAUAUUUAGACCUCUCCUUUUUACCCCUCCCAACUCUCCUGGGUCUACUCUGUCUGGGUUACUGGGCAUCGUGCGUCGUAUAUAACCUGUAUUUUCACCCCUUAGCCUCGAUACCCGGACCUCUAUGGUGGCGAGCUACCCGCUUGUGCUUUAUACGCUCCUUCUUGUCUGGGAGGCUUGUGAGGGACGUAUUGAAGAUCCACGAACGCUAUGGGGAAAUUGUCCGCAUUGCCCCCGAUGAGGUAUCCUUUGCGGACGAGGAUAUAUGGCAAGCUGCCUUGAGUGGUAGAAACCCACUACCCAAAAAUCCAACCUUUUUCACACCACCACCAGGUCAAGCCAAUGGCCUACUAACCGCCAGCUCGGAUGUGGGCGCUCGGAUACGCCAAGUUAUGAUGCCAGCUUUCACCGAACGCGCAUUAUCUAAACAGGAACCGGUUAUCCAAUUAUAUGCUGGGUUACUUGUUGAACGGCUGAAGGAACGCGUGGCCGCUUCAAGUAGCCCAAAUCAACAAGCGAUAGUUAAUACCGUCGAUUGGUUUAACUGGUUCACAUUUGACCUUGUUGGUGAACUGGCUUUUGGGGAAUCCUUCGAAUGCUUAGAGAAUGCGAAGCAUCAUCCGUGGGUAGAUAUGAUUUUCAGCUCAAUCAAGGCUGCGGCAUUCGCUGCCGUAACGAGAUACUACACGGGCCUCGAGACGCUUCUCCUACAGAUAAUCCCCACAGCAAUUCGAAAGCGCCAAAUGGAGCAUUAUACAUUGGCAGUAGAGAGGAUCCACCAGCGCAUGAGUGCACCCCCGAGAGACGACUUUAUGCGUCCUAUGCUUGAGAAUAAUCCUGAUUUCAAGAAGAUGACCAUUCCAGAAAUUGAGGCUACCAUGUCCGUGUUGAUCAUUGCAGGUAGUGAGACGACAGCGACGACGCUUUGCGGAAUAUGCAACCAUCUUGUCCAAAAUCCAACACAAUUAAAGCAACUAGAGCAAGAAAUCCGCAGUCGCUUUCAAAGCGACAAGCAGAUCACUCUACACGCCAUCCAGAACCUCCCUUUCCUAAAUGCUGUGAUUCAAGAGGGCUUGAGAUUGUGCAAUCCGGUUGCUGGCGGACUUCUCCGGCGCAUUCCAAAGGGCGGUCUAAGGCUUUGUGGCCACUUUCUGCCCGAAGGUACUCAUGUUAUCGUAAACUCGACUGCUAUGUCCCUUUCGGAGAAGAACUUCCACCGCGCCAACGAAUUCCUGCCAGAGCGCUUUCUUCCCGAAUCCAUGCGGCCGGCCGAAUUUGAGAACGACCAUCGCAAUAACCAGAAGCCUUUUUCAUUAGGAGUACGCAGCUGCAUAGGAAAGUCUUUUGGUUUGGCCGAAAUGCGGCUUGUAUUAGCACGCUUAGUAUGGGAGUUUGACAUUUCCAUGGCGCAGGAUAAGAGGCUUGAUUGGAAUCGACUGAAAACAUAUGUUAUGGUGCAGAAAGACACUAUUGAAAUUGCAAUCAAGAAAAGGGAUCGGGAACACGAGAAAAGCUAACGGCUUUGCUUGGUUACGAUACUUACAAUCUCGAAGGGGGCAUAUUGCCUAGAACCACUAGAAACCAAGAUAAAGAGGAAGAUCUUAGGCAACUGAUAUGACGGGUACUUCCACUCCUACCUAAUACACACACACAGGAGACGCUUUCACUCUCCUAAGAAGGAACGUUUCUUGUAGACUUCUACAUUGUAAGAGUUUAGCAUAGCGAGGCUUAAAGGUACUGAAGUGUGUGGUAAUUUGAUAUUAUAUUGAUAAACUUCAUAGUACCUACCUGGUACCUAGGUAGGUAGGUAACCUUUGUCCUGAGGGGGCACUUUUGUCCUUCCACCCCCAAUCAUCUAGAGGCCGUUUCUCGCACACCAGCACGCCGCCUCUCCCGCCACGUAUUAGCUAAC